AUGUACGCCCUCCCCUCGUCGCGCCUCCGCUCGCCUCGCCGCGCCUCCGCUCGCUUCGCCGUGCCUCCGCUUGCCUCACCGCGCCUCCGCUCCCCUCGUCGCGCCUCCGCUUGCCUCGCCGCGCCUCCGCUCGCCUCUCCGCGCCUCCGCUUGCCUCACCGCGCCUCCGCUCCCCUCGUCGCGCCUCCGCUCGCCUCGCCGCGCCACCGCUCGCCUCGCCGCGCCUCCGCUCGCCUCACCGCGCCUCCGCUCUCCUCGCCGCGCCUUCGCUCACCUCGCCGCGCCUCCCGUGCGGUCAGCGCGCCAACAUCCUCGUCGCGCUGCCCCUCCUUGCGCCUUCACUCCCGCUGCCCUUCUCCCACCUGCCCAUCCCUUGCCCUCGUUUCCCUGCCUUUCCAUUCCCUCUUGUUACCUUCCCCUCUAUUCCCUCUGCUUCCCCUCAUUCCCCAUCUGCUUCCCCUCAUUCACCCCUCUUCUAACCUCAUUUACUCCCCUGCUUCCUCUCGAUUUCCCCUCUGCUUCCCCUGGUCCCCCCUGCUUCCCCUAUUCCAGCCCCCUGAUUUUCCAAAUUUUAACCUCCUGCUUCCCCUAAUUUCUCCUUUUGCUUCCCCUCAUGUCCGCCUCUGCUUCCCCACAUUUCCGCUGCUUCCCCUCGUUUCCCCCUCUGCUCUCAUCGUUCCCCCCCUGCUUCCCCUCAUCCCCCCCCCCUCCUUCCCCUCAUUUCCCCCCCUCCUUCCCCUCAUUUCCCUCUCUGCUUCUCCUCAUUUCCCCCCCUGCUUCCCCUCAUUUCCCCCUCCGCUUCUCCUAAUUCCCCCCUCCGCUUUCCCUCCUUCCCGCUUCCGCUUCAACUCAUCCCCCCCUCCUCUUCUCCUCAUUCCCCCCUCCGCUUCUUCUUAUCCCCCCCCCCGCUUCUCCUCAUUCCCCCCUCUGCUUCUCCUCAUUCCCCCCUCCCUUCCCCUUAUUUUCCCCUCUGCUUCAACCUGUGCAGAGACUUCACAUUCUCUCCGUGCUUCUCUGUCCCCUAGUCCCCCAUGCGCAACCCUGUGCCCAUCAGGUGGUGGACGAGGCAUGCCGCUUGCUGUGCCAGUCAUACCAUAA